AUGGGCAGGAGAAAAAUAGCCAUCGAGCCCAUCCUGGACGAGCGUAACCGCACCGUAACCUUCAUCAAACGGAAGGCCGGCCUGUUCAAGAAGGCCCACGAACUCGCGGUGCUCUGCCAGGCGGACGUCGCCGUGAUCAUCCUCGGCGCCAACAACACGUUCUACGAGUUCUCGUCCGUCGAUGCAAACGACCUCAUCCGGCACUACCAGAACGAUGAGCUCCCGCACGACGUGAAGGGCCCCGCCAACUACGGCAACUACACAAAGAAAGACCGCGUGGUCAUACACGGCAAGAACCGCAAGCGUGGCGGCGCGGCGCACGCCGCGGCCGCGCGCGCCAGCCGCAGCGCCAGCCACAGCAUCGAGGGCUCCCGCCCGGGCACGGGAGCCCACGGCGUGGCGCCGGACAGCAGCAGCGGCGGUGGCACUGCUGCCGCCACCGCUCUCGGCAGCAAGCGCGGCGCCGGCAGCGACAGCCACGACGGCCACGACGACCACGACCACGACAACGACCACGACCGCGACGACGACGACGAUGACGAAGACGACGACGACGAAAAUAGCAACAGCAACAAUGGCGCUGAUGCCAGCGACGCACAGGCGUCCGGUCCUCGUGCGCCGCACCAGCAGCAGUUCCCUAAGAGACCCAAGACCGCCGCCGCGGCCUCCAACCCGGGCUUCAACCCACUCCAGCAACAGGUCCAGCGCCAGUUCCACAACCUCUACGCCGUCGCGUCCGGUUCCGAACGCACGUCCAACUUUAGCACGCAGCCGCCGUCCUCCUUCUCCCGCAGCACCCUACCGAACAUCUACCCGCACGGCCCGGGCGGCGUCGCGGCGGCUACAGCCUCGAACCCGAGCCCCGGCCGCAAUUUCGCUCAAACUCAAAGCUUCCGGUCGAACUCCAUCCCGCUGCCCUUCGACCCAAGUCCUCGCGAUAGCAUGCAAGUACCGUCUUCAACCGCCGCACCUGUCCAUAUAGAUCGAUCAUAUUCCAUAUCCCACUCGCGAUCCAGCACCAACACCACUGCGACAAACAGGCCCGCCCUGAGGGUUCAGAUUCCGUCCAGCACCGGCGUCGCCAUCAAGAGCGAGCCCUCAUCGGCCUCCUCUCCGUCCCAUCCCGCUUCGACGUCUCAGUUCACCAGGCGCAACGACGGUCACAUCGAGCUGCCGCACCCCGGCGUCUCGAAAGUCACGACUCCAGUAUCGGCAAGUGGCGCCGCCCCUAACAUUGGGUUCGAUAGGCUUGACAAGACCCAUGGCGUUCUACCGUCUGCGUCCUCGAUUGGGGGUGCGGGCGCGGGUGCAGGGCCUGGAUUUCUGUUCAAUGGCCUGCCCUCGGCGCUCAACGCGUCUCCAUCAAUCCAGCAGUAUUUCGCGACACCCUUACAGCAUAGUUCCGCUGGAGGCAACGGUUUGAUGGCCACCUCCAAUGGCGUCUCCCACCCCCAUGGGUAUAUUAUGCACAAGCAGAUACAUAUGGCUCAACAGCAAAAACAGCAGCAGCAGCAGCAACAACAGCAGCAGCAGCAACAACAGCAACAGCAGCAACAACAGCAACAGCAACAGCAAGCAGAUUCAGCUUCCGGUCCUAUGUCAGGCCUGCUCCCGUCAAAAUUCGCCAACGACAUGAUGAUGCCGUCGCCUAACAUGUCAAUGUCCAUGUUUCAAGACUGGGGUUUCCAACGAGCUGCUGCUCAGAACAAUGCCGCUGUUGGGACUGGGGGUCAGCCGCCCACGGAUAGCAACGCAAGUAGCAGCGCUGCUCCCCAAGCACAAAAUAACGGAAGCAGCGGGCUGACGCCGUACAUCAAUGUCAACCAAACCCCGUUGACGAACAAGUAUUUUGUGUUUGAAGAGCCUAACAGCGAAAAGAAUAAAAAGUAG